GAGCUAUUAAAGGACAAAGAACUUUUACAUAAAUAUAGUUGCGCCAAAUUUGACAUAACUCCACCAGAAAAGAAGAAGAAAGAAAAGAAAGAAAAGAAAGUAGAAGAAGAGAAGAAAGAACCUGAACCAGUUCCAGAGAAAAAGAAAUUUGACAUGUAA